UGUUUGGGGCAUAUGGGUCGCUCGGCAAGUGGGGCAGAGUAAGGUGGACAUGUUUGUGGUUACGCUUGUUAGCUGCAUAGUUUGGAUGAUGUACGGGCUUGCUGAUCCUCCCACACUCCCAUUUGUGAUUCUCAACGCUGUCGGCAUUGGAAUCGAGCUUCUGUACCUUGGACUCUUCCUUUGUUUCUCUGAACCCUGGGGCCGAAUUAAGAUUACUAUUUCGCUGGCGCUGAUCGCUGGCGCUUCUGCCAUAGCCGCUCCUUGCGUUUUUUCAUUUACAUCGGAUCCGCAGCUUGUCUUUGGCAUCAUUGGCGACGGCGUGAGCAUCGUUAUGUAUGGUGGGCCGCUGCGCGAAGUGAUUUCCGUGUGGCGGGGGAACAACGUGGGGAACAUGUCUCUGUUGGUGGCCGGGGCUUUGUUCCUCAACGGCAUCUCCUGGACGGCGUAUGGUCACUUGGCUGAGAACUUAUAUUUCACAGUGCCGGGCUACUUUGGGAUCGCUUUUGGGGCAGUGCAGAUAUUGGUGUGGGUUAUAGUGAGGUUCAUUUACCAUGGUUGAGACACUAUCUGAAAAAAGGAGAAGACAUGCUAGUAGUUGAGUGGUUGAACUUUUGAAACUGGUGUGUGUUGCUUCUUGAGCAGGAUGGGUUUUUAAGUUUGUAAGGGCUGUUGCCCGGAUCUGGCUGUGUGUGUGUGUGUGUUCUGUUUGCCUCAUCAAUAAAAAUGGGGCGGGGGGUAAACCCCUAUCUUUUAAAAAAAGACUGUGUACUCGAUAUGCUCAACAUAGCAUGCCUGUUUGGUUUGUAAGGGGAGACGUGGCUUUCAAAAGUAUUUGCUGUGCAUCGCACAAUAUUUGUAAUGUAAUCUGUCUACUUGACCAUGGUAUGGUAAUAUAAUCUGUCUGUUUGAUC